AGUUGGUGGAGCGGCAGCGGCGGCACCAGCGGCGGCGGCGGGAGGAGGAGGAGAACCAGGCAGCGGCGACGGCGGCGGGGGGAGGAGGGGAGGAGGCGGCGGAGCAGGAGGAGGAGAAGGCGGAGGAAGCAGUAGCUCUCCGCGAGGUUGAGCCGGACGCGUCUUCUUGCCCCCCUCCCCCCGGUUCGCGCUGCCGCCGUGUAGUUGGCGCCGCUGCCCCGGCUGAGAGUGAACGUGGUGUCGACGGAGGGACAUGGCCCGGGAGCGCCGGCGCCAGUAACGGGGAGGUGCUGAGAGUCACCGAGGGCGCGCCGGGCCCUGGUGCCGGGGCUACCGCCCGCCCGCCGCCGCCGCCUGCGCGCCCGCCCGCCUCUCGCGGCCGCUCUCCCCCCUCCCCGACACACACUCAUAGGCCGGGCAUUGAUGGUAAUGUAUGCGAGGAAACAGCAGAGACUCAGUGAUGGCUGUCACGACCGGAGGGGGGACUCGCAGCCUUACCAGGGGGGUGAUGUUUUACAGGCACUUAAGUAUUCAUCGAAGAGUCACCCCAGUAGCGGUGAUCACAGACAUGAAAAGAUGCGAGACGCCGCAGAUCCUUCACCACCAAAUAAAAUGUUGCGGAGAUCUGAUAGUCCUGAAAACAAAUAUAGUGACAGCACAGGUCACAGUAAGGCCAAAAAUGUGCAUACUCACAGAGUUAGAGAGAGGGAUGGUGGGACCAGUUACUCUCCACAAGAAAAUUCACACAACCACAGUGCUCUUCAUAGUUCAAAUUCACAUUCUUCUAAUCCAAGCAAUAAUCCAAGCAAAACUUCAGAAGCACCUUAUGAUUCUGCAGAUGACUGGUCUGAGCAUAUUAGCUCUUCUGGGAAAAAAUACUACUACAAUUGUCGAACAGAAGUUUCACAGUGGGAAAAACCAAAAGAGUGGCUUGAAAGAGAACAGAGACAAAAAGAAGCAAAUAAGAUGGCAAUUAAUAGCUUCCCAAAAGAUAGAGAUUACAGAAGAGAGGUGAUGCAAGCAACAGCUACUAGUGGGUUUGCCAGUGGAAUGGAAGACAAGCAUUCCAGUGAUGCCAGUAGUUUGCUCCCACAGAAUAUUUUGUCUCAAACAAGCAGACACAAUGACAGAGACUACAGACUGCCAAGAGCAGAGACUCACAGUAGUUCUACGCCAGUACAGCACCCCAUCAAACCAGUGGUUCAUCCAACUGCUACCCCAAGCACUGUUCCUUCUAGUCCAUUUACGCUACAGUCUGAUCACCAGCCAAAGAAAUCAUUUGAUGCUAAUGGAGCAUCUACUUUAUCAAAACUGCCUACACCCACAUCUUCUGUCCCUGCACAGAAAACAGAAAGAAAAGAAUCUACAUCAGGAGACAAAUCCGUAUCACAUUCUUGCACAACUCCUUCCACGUCUUCUGCCUCUGGAUUGAAUCCCACAUCUGCACCUCCAACAUCUGCUUCAGCAGUCCCUGUUUCUCCUGUUCCACAGUCACCAAUACCUCCGUUACUUCAGGACCCAAAUCUUCUUAGACAGUUGCUUCCUGCUUUGCAAGCUACGCUGCAGCUUAAUAAUUCUAAUGUGGACAUAUCCAAAAUAAAUGAAGUUCUUACAGCAGCUGUGACACAAGCCUCACUGCAGUCUAUAAUUCAUAAGUUUCUUACCGCUGGACCAUCUGCUUUCAACAUAACUUCUUUGAUUUCUCAAGCUGCUCAGCUCUCUACACAAGCCCAGCCAUCUAAUCAGUCUCCUAUGUCUUUAACGUCUGAUGCGUCAUCCCCAAGAUCUUAUGUGUCUCCAAGAAUAAGCACACCUCAAACUAACACAGUCCCUAUCAAACCUUUGAUUAGUACUCCUCCUGUUUCAUCACAGCCAAAGGUUAGUACUCCAGUAGUAGUUAAGCAAGGACCAGUGUCGCAGUCGGCCACACAACAGCCUGUAACUGCUGACAAGCAGCAAGGUCAUGAACCUGUUGUCUCUCCUCGAAGUCUUCAGCGCUCAAAUAGCCAGAGAAGUCCAUCACCUGGUCCAAAUCAUACUUCUAGUAGUAAUGCAUCAAAUGCAGCAGUUGUACCACAGAAUUCAUCUGCCCGACCUGCGUGUUCAUUAACGCCUACACUAGCAGCACACUUCAAUGAAAAUCUCAUAAAACAUGUUCAAGGAUGGCCGGCAGAUCAUGCAGAGAAGCAAGCAUCAAGAUUGCGUGAAGAAGCCCAUAACAUGGGAAGUGUUCACAUGUCAGAAAUUUGUACUGAAUUAAAAAAUUUAAGAUCUUUAGUCAGAGUAUGUGAAAUUCAAGCAACUUUGAGAGAACAAAGGAUAUUAUUUUUGAGACAACAAAUCAAGGAACUUGAAAAGCUAAAAAAUCAGAAUUCCUUCAUGGUGUGAAGAUGUGAAUAAUUGCACAUGAUUUUGAGUACAGAAACUGUAAAUCUAUUGCCCAAUCUUAACAUUUUUGAGCUGCAUUUAAGUAGACUUUGGACCGUUAAGCUGGGCAAAGGAAAUGACAAGGGGAUGGGGGUCUGUGAGAGUCAAUUCAGGGGAAAGAUACAAGAUUGAUUUGUAAAACCCUUGAAAUGUAGAUUUCUUGUAGAUGUAUUCUUCACGUUGUAAAUAUGUUUUGUAGAGUGAAGCCAUGGGAAGCCAUGUGUAACAGAACUUAGACAUCCAAAACUAAUCAACGCUGAGGUGGCUAAAUACCUAGCCUUUUACAUGUAAACCUGUCUGCAAAAUUAGCUUUUUUAAAAAAAUUUUGGGGGGUUAAUUUAUCAUUCAGAAAUCUUGCAUUUUCAAAAAUUCAGUGCAAGCGCCAGGCGAUCUGUGUCUAAAGAUAAGAAUUUGAACCAUAUGGGCAGUGUACAAAAAAUAUCAUGAAACAACUGUUUCCACACUUGCACCUGAUCAAGAGCAGUGCAUCUCCAUUUGUUUUGCAGAGAAAUGUUUUCCAUUUCCCAUGUGUUCCAUCCAUUUCCCUCUGAAAUCCUUGAUCUGAUUUGAUCCAUUUUUUUUUAAGGCUCCUCUUCUCCUUUCUUAAGGCACUGUUGCUAUGGCACUUUUCUAUAACCUUUUCAUUCCUGUGUACAGUAGCUUAAAAUUGCAGUGAUUGAGCAUAACCCACUUGUUUGUAUAAAUUAUUGAAAUCCAUUUGCACCCUGUAAGAAUGGACUUAAAAGUACUGCUGGGCAUGUGUGCUGAAAGUACAUUGAUUGCUCAACUAUAAGGAAAAGGCCCAAUGAACAUGGUUGUGGGAGGGGAAAGAGGAAACAAAGCUAGUCAGAUGUGAAUUGUAUCUGUUGUAAUAAACAUGUUAAAACAAACAAAAAUUGUUAUUCUUUUCCUUCGGUCAAUGCAUAUUAGAAUUUGAACUACCUGGGGAUUCUUUAUCAGAACUAUUCUUGUUGAAUAUUUAUACUUAAUUAAAAUUCCUUAAGGGAGGUUUUGUUUAAAACAUAUUAACAGGAAAUUGUGUAUAAGAUAUUUAAUGAAAUAUGGAAUUCAACAAGAAUGAUUAAGUCACUUCCCAAGUGGUUGUCAUUUGUUAAACCCUGGUUUACCUGUCUUGCUAUUACGACAUUUCAUUUUGAAGGAUGUUUGUGUUGUAGCUAACUGUUCAAGUCUGGUGCUGACUGCUGUUCUUAGCCAUCACAAAACGCUAAAUUUGUGUAAUUGGAGCUUCCUGCUGUUAUCUGGAAAUGGUGGGAAAGCUCAGCUUUGUAUAUUGUUUCCUAAAAUAUAUUAAAAUAAAAAAAGAAACUAUUGCUACUAUAAAA